AUGCCAACACAUAUUCUUCUCUCUUUUUCGCAGCCAAUCAAGAGAAAACCUCCAGGAAGCACAUCAUCAGCAAUGCAUCCUCCAACCCCGAACCCAGGAAAGACGGCCCUCCACUGGGCAACGCCGUCAGUGAAAGCAGCCUCCUCUUGGAAGAGCUCUCCAGAUUGCACACGCCACUGUAAGGAGAUUUGUCAGAGCGAGUUGGCCUUUGGCAUGAUCUCCCUCGCGGAGCUUUGGUGUUGCGUGACAUGCGGGCGAGACAAUGGUAUCAGGGCCGGCCGGGUCAGUCCACGGGAACCCUCACAUGCCGGCGACUCGUGCCUGGGCGACGUGCGUGCGCGCUCCCUGACAGGCUUUGCCUUGGUGGUGAGCAGCGACGGGAUGGUUUUCUAUGCUUCCUCGACCAUCGUGGACUAUCUUGGAUUUCACCAGACGGAUGUGAUGCACCAAAAUGUGUUCGACUACAUCCAUAUAGACGAUCGUCAGGAGUUUAGACGUCAGCUCCACUGGGCCAUGUGUCCUCCACAGCACCAGGGAACGUCUGCGCAGCAGGACAGCCAGAUAUCUGCAGGAACCGGAGAGGAGUUUGUAGUGAGCAGCCUUUUUAAUUCUCCAGAGGCUGGGGAAAUUCCCGCUGAGCUUUCCUGCUUUCUCAACAGAUGUUUCAUAGCCAGAGUUCGAUGUCUUCUAGACAGCACCUCUGGAUUCUUGACUAUGCAGUUCCAGGGUCGGUUAAAGUUUCUCCACGGGCAGAAAAAGAAGUCCUCCGCCGGGGCACCGAUGCCUCCACAGCUGGCUCUGUUUUGCAUAGCUGUCCCUCUCCUACUGCCCUCCAUCGCAGAGAUGAAAGUGAAGAACAUUUUAAUUCGGGGAAAGAACAAGGCAGGAGGCAUCAUCUCUGCAAUGGAACAUUGCGAACGUGGUGACCACCUCCGGAGGCACUCCUUCAGUGGGGGGAUGGGUGACAUUGCUGACCCUGUCCUCCUGUCCUGUUCUACUCCAGGAGCCACUCAGCGAGGUCACCACACCCCCUGGACCCCGCUCUACAAAGACAACCUCAAGUACCGCCCUGACGGUUACUAUAACCAGGACGAACCCCUCAACUACUGCAAGUCCUCGGUGGCGCCCCACAAAGGUCUCGGGGCCGGCCAAGGCGGGGGCUGGCCUCUGCGUCAGAACUCGGGCCCGCUCAGAUCGGGCCAGGGGGUCGGCUACGUCCCCUCCAACCGCCUCCACAGGACCAGCCAGUACGGGAAGCCUUACCGCCUCUCGCCGGCUCACGGCUGCCACAGCGGCCGGGGCGGGGAGGUCUUUAUCUCCAAGCUCUACGGGAACACUCAGAUAUCCGCCGACCCAGAUGCGUACUGCGUGGACUUGGUGAAGAGCGAGAACGGAUACGGGGAGUGCUACGAUGGCCACCUGAUGCCCGAAAUGCCACCCAUCAAGGUGGAGCACGACUCGGACUCGGAGAACGGAUGUGACACUUAUGGGGGGACGUGGGCUUGCCGGGAACCCAUGGCCGUCGACCGGCGCUACGGAAACGGGGCGUACGACCCGAUCACCGGCUUGCAACUCAAAUCCGAGCCAGAUUACUACGACCCCCAUUACUCGCCCUGUCAACGAGGGAAAGCGGGAAUCAGCCCGCCGUACAACAACGGCGCCUACCCAAACUAUCCAGUCAACACCAACAACGGGGGUGCCAACGCACGUCUGCUAAAAUGUGACAAAGACCUGGGCAACAACAGCGACUCCAGCCAGUUUAGUCCUCAGAGACUCUCCCACACAGAUUCUCUAUGCAGCAAUCAACCUGUCAACCUCAUGGACUCGCAGGUCUAUCCGCAAAACCCGCACAAGGCCUACAUGCACCAGGACUACAACAAGCAUGGCACUUACGAGUUCAAAGGCCACGGCCUGAUCCAUUCGAUCAAGCGGGAACCGAUGGACUCCCCCCCCUGGUCCGAGGCCGGCCAUGACAUUAACCAGUCCAUGGUAGCUGGGCAUAGAAACGCUAUGCCCUGCGUGAUGAGCACUGGGCACCACAAGUCCAAUCCCUACAUUUAUAUGCCAUAAGAGGGCUUCACACCUUACCCGAUCAUAGACACAGGAACAGAUAACCACCAGCCUCCCCUGGCAUCCUUCCCUGUGCAUAUUCACAGCAUUCACGACAAGAAAAACAGUGUGCAUUACAGUGCUUUCUUCUAUCUUCUCUAGACACAUGCACCAGCAUUACGAGAGUUUUUGACGAUGACCAUGUCUUCUGUUAAACCGAAGAAGUCUCAACCAAGGCUCAGGUUUAAGUGCUGUGACAAUCAAAAAUAAUGAUAUCAGUCCAGCUCAUGGAUUGGUGACAUUGUUUUUAAGGUACAUAUUUUGUGGUUGAUUACAAGCACUUUUGGAUAUAGUGACACAGAGACAAUCUUUUUCCUAGAAACACAAUAUUAUUUAGUUUUUAUAUGUUACGUGCACCAGGCUUUUAUGGGAGAAACAAAGUUGUACAAAUAUGCUUCAAUUUUUUUUUUUUUACAUAACUUAGUAGACAGGAGAUGACCUUCACCAAGUGAGAUGAAAAAUGACAAGAAUAUGCACAAAAGUCAGAGAUGACAACUUAAGGAGAGGUUGUGGCGCUCUUUCCAAAAAAAAAAGAAAACUGUGAAUGCUCUGUAAAAUGUAAAGAAACUGAAUGCAAUGAUUUGUACAUUUUACUUAAGAAGAUUGUAGAAAGACAACAUAUCGAAGGCUUGACAGUCAAAUUUCCAUAAAAAAUGCGACGGGAGCAGUGGACGAGAAAAAAGUUGUGUGUGUAUAUAUAUAUAUAUAUUAAUAUACAUAUAUAUAUAUACUGUUACCAGUGAAUGUGGCAAGAUAAUCAAAUUAAU